GGGAAUAAGUUUUGUUUACAAAGAUGGCUGCACUGAUUCCGUCAAACCUACACAGACAAGAGAGAUUGAAUUGCAAUGAAAGAAGCAGGCCUGCUGGUAUGAUCUUUUCAUCAAAAGGGCACUGACUGUUGCCCUCUCCCACCCUCAGACUCGCGUCAUAUUAUAUUGAGACAGGAAAAAAUUGAAAUACCAUCAUGUCCUUGAAGAGAUCCUGGCUGGCAUGUCGUCUCAAGACUAGAGUGGCCAUCUUCGCCCUCACCCUCAUCUUCAUUAGUAUGGCACUGAUGUAUCGUGCCUUAUUGUCACAUGACACAAAGCCUCAUGUGCGUCAUAGUUCUCUCCCAACCAUGGACAAGAGAAAGUUUUUACGUUUCCAACCCAAGUACAGUGAACUAGACAUUCCACACGCCGAUUCUAACAUUGACAGAUCAUUCCACUUGAAAAGUCAUCGUAGUCUGGUAAACGGUAACCCAGACGCUCAAGAUCUGCCCAACUUGGCUAACAACAUCCAGCUCUUAAAAGACAGAGACUUGUUGAGUGCGGACAGCAAAGAAGCUUUAACAAACUUUUUGAAGCAAUUGUAUCCUGAUGACUGGGCUCAUGCCCCAGACACCGACGAAAUCGCUUUGGACUUGAAGUAUGUGCUGAUUGACUAUGGGUUUGAGAGCAAAAUGUCGUGCAAAGAGAUUGAUAGCCUAAGACUUGGAAAUCCUGUGUCCUUCUCCAGUUCCAAAUUCAUUGAGUAUGCUUAUGAUGAUAACCAGGACAACAACGAAGGAAACUCUUAUGAGAAUUAUUACAACAGGAACAAUCGCAAUAGGAAUGCUAAUGCGGCUGUGAAAAGUCCCUCUUCUGAUUCAGACACAAAGAUUGCGUGCAUGAAGCAAGUGUACGACCCAGAUUUCUGUGCCACAAUGGGGAAUUACAAAUUUCUACGGGAGAUUCUUUUUAUGGCGACUCUCCAUCACCCGUCUAUCUUGACCAUGAAAGGUUACUGUCUCCGUGGCAACCGGCUGGCGUCGAAGCUCCAGGAGAAAGGCCUUGUCAUGGUGACGGAGACUGGGGUGGCGCUCACCCCAACUGCCGUCCGAUCCUCCUCUUGGUACCAAAGACUACAUAUGGCGCUACAAGUGAGUCAUCUGCUGCUUUAUCUGGACAGUAGUCCCUUUGGUAGCUUGCGACUGCGCAAACUGGAACUGAAAGAUCUGAUACUGGUCAAAGGCGAUACAGUCAAGCUAGCGGAUCUUGAUGAAUUGGAAGUUGGGGAGUCGCUGUGUCAGGACGCCAUGCAGUGUCGGUUACAGGGCAGAGAAAAUGGCGGCCAAUGUUUAGAGGGAAGCUGCUUUGGGUUGAACGCACUGUCCAAUCUGGACAAAGCUGCUACAGCUGCGCUGCUGCCAAUGUUGAGGAACCCUGACUCGGAGGAGGCCACUGCUAUUGUGAGAGGCUUGGAAGAUUUGUCGCUGUCUACCCCACAGCUAGUUGUUCGACUCCAGAAACUGCUCAGCGAAACAUCCAAGGAAGAGCCACCACUUUUAGUUGUUCAGAGUGACAGGAAGUUAUCUGACGGCAGGGCUCGGCCAGUGGUGUCAAUGACACAAGAUGAAGACGACAACAGCAUUCAUCCCUUGCCACGAGGCAACAGAAUCGACACGGACUCAUUACUAUCGCGGUUUGAGCGCCAUGACCAGAGCAACUUUGCGGGCAUCUACGACUACCCGUGCGCUGGGUCUCGUGUGUCCUGGGGCUGUGUGCACACAGUGAGAACCCUUCAUGAUGUGGCCGACCUCUGUCUCAAGGACGACAACUGCCGCUGUUUCGUCACGUUUACCACCAGGCCGGAGGAGGAGAACCUGAUGACAGUCGUAUUAAAGAAUGCGACAGAUGCCUACCCUCAGAGCUCAUCCGGCACCACCCUUUUCAUCCGGAGAUCGGCAAAGUACGAUGUGAUUCUACGUGCUGUGGAGCAGCAAAACGGUGAUCUCUCUAGAGACAAAGAGCUUGAUAGUAUGAAUGAAGCAAUGAGGAGAAAUGAGAUUGGAGGAGUGGGAGGAGGAGGAAGUGUCAGGGAGGAAGGUGGCGGUCAAGAAUUGGACGCAGAUGACCAGCUCAUGGCAAAGUCAGAUCUGGAGAUUACGGAGUGCAUCGAUAGAACUCUCCAGAUUCAGGAUGCGGCGAGGCUCAGCAGAGAGAAACGCCUUAUGGCUCACAUGGGCCUCAAAGGCACAAGAGAGCAAGUGUGGCGGCGGUCAGUCCUCCACCAGAACUUGGGAAUCCCGAGCCGUAUUGUCCGAGCUGCUGGUGGUGGAGGGAAGUUCCUCGUCAAUUUCACCAAAAGGUUUGAAAGUGAUCUCCCGGAAGUAGCAAAGAAGGCGACAUUCAUCGCCGAGGAUGGACCUGUUGCCUUUCACAUCGGGUAUGCCUUGCUCUAUCACCUGGACAGAUUGCUUGGGUUGUACCACACCCCGCCGUGUGUGGGUCAAGAGCUCAGUGCUGACUUGGUGGACAGGCUACAUGCCAACAGUCACUGGGAGGAGGCCUUCAGACCACUCAUAGAGGCAGAUGGAACACUGUCAGGUAUUCUGGUGGUGCCCACGCCCAAAGUGAUGAAGGUGAGCAAGCUCAUCCUGAGCUCCCUAGAGGCACCGGUGGUGGAAAUCAAGCCCUUUGAGCGGAUGGAGAAACUGCAGCUGGAGUACGUGCUGCUGUGGUGGCUGGGCCGUGUGCAGAAACGGAACAAUGAGCACCUUGGCUAUAAAGGUCACCUGAUCCACUUUUACGCUGACAAAGCCUUCACCAAUGUCACUACUGACUUUUCAGGCUAUUUGCAUCAGUGUCAGUUUCCUAACGUGGCUUUCAAGGCUCUGCUGUGCUUCAAGUGUGUACGCAAAAAUGGCAUAUCUGCAGGCCCGGAAGUCUGCGCAUUGGGACAAGAGGUGAUACGUCGCACCCAUUCCAUGUUCACCGAUGAGUCAGAAUUUAGUAUAAAUGGAUUGUCAGAAGACGAACUGUCAGCCCUGAUGAACGAGGCUGCUUCGUCCGUUCUGCGAAUCGUGGACCGCUGUAUCAAGAUGUUUGGUCGAGAGUCAGUCUUGUACUGAGGUUGUGGUGGACGCUUUAUGUGAUUGUGCAUGUAUGAGUGCAUGUGCGUGUGUGUGCGCGCACCUCUGUGUGUGUGUGUGCGCAUUUGUGUGU